GAAAAUGGGCAUGAGCCAAAAAGAAAAAGAAGGAAACUGUGUAGCUUAACUGGGAGGGAACACGAGGGGGUUGGGGGCAUGGGGCCAGGAAGAGUCCCGUUCAUAUCCCCAAGGCCUCAGGACAAGCCGGCCUGACUCCAACUCUCAGUCCCUCCUUGAAGAGCCUAAUCCUUACACUGGGGGCCUGGAGAGGAAGUGGGGCUUCCAGCAACUCUCAAGCCCAAGGAGGCAGCCAGACGUCCCAGGCAGGUACUGAAAUGCAGACUCCUGCCACCUGACCACAGCUUGAGGCUGUAGACUGAGUUACGGGGGAUCCCCUGAUCCCCCUUGGAAAGUUAGAGAAACAAGGCUAGCAUGUCUCCCCCCACUUCUCCAAAGCCUGGGGGUGGGGGGUGGGUGACAGGGAGGGUCUUCUUCCCUCCAGCCUGGGAAGGGAGCUGGGGUUCAGGGCAAGGGCGGGGUGGCGCAGGGCUGCAGCUCCCAAGGCCACCUGCACAGUCAGGACCCCACCGCCGGGCGGAUGCCAAGGGGAGCGCAUCCUGCCUGUGUCUGUGGAGGGCCGAGGGCUGCGCGAGGCAUUGCCCGCCAGCCCCACACUUGAUAACAAGGAAGACGCGGUCAUUCCCGCUGAAGCCACAGCAAACUGCAAAGCAAGUCAACAGAGCCCCAGAGCUCCUUCCCGCAGGGCGGGGUGGGAGCAGGAGAGAGAGUCAAACUGGACACCUGGACGUGCGUUCAUUUCCUGCUGUCACCGAGGGUCUGCUGUGCGCCAGGUACUGGGAUCAUGACGAUGAAUGGAAAGUCCUGCCCUGGAGGACCACACCGUCUCGUGGGAAAAACAGCCUGAUACCUUCCAGGUGCAGCCAGGCUUCUUCUGAAGCCCUGCCAGGGAUCUUGGGCGACCCACAAGCACACAAGAAUCUUUGUUGGCUGAGGAGGCCAGGUCUCUGCUUGAGGAAGCGCCCCAGGAAGUGUCUCCAGCAUGCCCCUGUCCUUGUCAGGCGUGUGAAAAUCAUCCAGGGUCCAGAGACACGCCUUCCCGGUAAGCCCCGAGGCAGAGCACCAGACGGAUCCCACAUUCUUCAGAGGUACCAUGCGUGGCCCCUGAUCCUAUUGGCUGGUUUUUUCCUAUCUCCCAAAUUUAGCCAAUCGGCAUUCACAAUGGAUUCUACAUUAAACCCAACUGGUCAACCCUCUCCCACAGCCAGGCCUGGCCAGUGGCUGCCCAAAACCCUCACUGAAGUUGAGGGAGGGCAGGAGGGCCUGGGCUGCUGGCGUGGGCUAGACAGAAGGGGGCCGUGUCGAGAGCAAUUCAGAUCAGCCUCUGGGUGCCGUUAGGGACCCAGGCAGGUGGCCUUGCACCAGAAGCCUGUGUGUCAUGCACCGCCACUGGAAACCGGUCCUAUCCCCUAUCAGGUAACAUCUGAGGAUCCAUUCCUUCUGAAACUCACGAGAGUGUCAGCGAGGGUGGAAGGGGAGUGCAGUCCUAUCCACCUACCUCUCUAUCGGCCAUGUCCUCCUGCAGCCUCUGGUGGGGGGAAUCUGCUAGGCCUGAAGCAGCUCCCCUGGCUUCAGAUUCUAGGGGCCCAUCUGGGUCUCAACCAGAGUGCCACCUCGGGCGGUGCCCCGAGAUUUCCUGGUUGAACCUCCUUUCACUCACAGAACAAGAACAGAGACAUGGAGAGGGGGAGUGGCAUCGUCUUGGGUCACAUAGUUGGACUGCCACUACGGAGAGGCUGCCUCUCUGGAGUCCCAGGCUGGUGGCAGGCAGCUUCCCAUCUCUUCAGAGAUCCACAAAGGGCACAGUGCUGGGGCGCAGCACAAACAGGUCUUAGUGAGACCUGGAGAUUGGGUCCAAAGACCCUGGCUAGGGCAGGGAAGAGUGGUGAGGACGGUGGCUCAUGGGAGACACGGGCUCCAGCUAAGAGCUGCAGGUACUAUGCAGCUCAGGCCACCGAUGGCCAAGUGACAACCAGAGCUCCAUGACGUCAAAUCUGAUCUUUUCAAAAGAAGCUGGAAAUUUAGAAUUGAAUGUGAACUUUCUAAAGUUUUAAGCAGCAGAAGCUGCAUCCAACAGCCUUUCCUAGUUUGUGCCGUGGUGAGGAAGAGCCCCAACUCCCAGUGACCUGCAACCACACAGGUUCCUCUCGCUGCGUUCUGUGCCGUCUGCAGGUCAACAGCGGCCCUGCCCCCGGCUCGGGGCUGCUGAGCCCUGUCCACAGGACUUCUUUGUUCUAAGAUCCAGGCUGAAGAGGCAGCCCUCAUCUGGGGCAUGCUGUUCUUAUAGCAAAAGAAAAGGAGCAAUGAAUGAUUGAACCACAUGUCAAAAACAAUGAGCACCUGUGAUUUCUUCACCCUGAAUUGGUCAAAGCAAAGCACAUAGCCAGCUCUGAUGUCAACAGCGAGAAACCCGUAUGCCUCCCACAGGACAGGGCACUGAAUAAUUGGGAGCAAUAUCAUUUCCUACAGAGGUUAGUGCAUUAUAAAAAUCCAGUGAUCAAAUAAAAUGUAUCCAUGGACCAUAUCAGACCCACCCCAUCACUGGGUAUUUUUGAUUCUACCUCCACAAUUCCUUUCAGAUCUGUCAUUUAUUCUCUACUACCUCCACUCUAGUUAAGGUUUCUAUUACUUGUUUCCAAGUGGUCUUUUUUCUCUUGAGUUUCCCUACACUGUUGCUGGAGUCAUCAGCCACAUUGAGACAUUCUCAAAACCAGCCGAUGGCUCCCCUUGCCUGCAGAAUGACAUCCACACGGCUUGGUGUGCAUUAAGCCCAGGCCUUCGCUGCUUUCCAUCCUUGCUUUUCCUGUUAACCCCCACCCUCUUCAAGCACAACCACACCAGACUUGGCAGCAUCUCUGCCUCCAACUGUGGACUCUGUGUCCCACCUGGGGCCUGUUGCCACACUGGGACCUGCACUGGCAUGUCAGCCCCUACUUUCCCACUCAUCAUGUCUGAUCUCCACCUUUGGAAAUCCUAUUCCCCAUCUACAGGGAUCCCGGUCCUUUGAGUCAGUAGGAUCAUCCCAAUGCACUGAAUGGCCCAUGAAAUGGAGCAAAAAUGCAGGACAGGGAUCCUUGGGUCUCCCAGGAAGCGUUGAUGGUUCCUGAGCUGUGUGAAGGUGGAUUCCACUCUCACCUGGUCUGGGCUCGAGGCUCCAGGACACUGACUCGGUCUCCGGGCUGAGGAGCUGCCUGUGCUUCUGCAGCACUUCGGUCCUCGAGCCUCUGUUUGUCUCACCCACUUGGCUCCUGGUUUCCUAGACCCAGCUUCCUCCUAAGAUCUCAAAUAGGAGUUCUCUGCCCUGGCAUCUGUACAGGCCACUUGGCUCCUCUUCCUUGAAGCCUUCCCUGGUUUCUCCAGUGGUAAUCAAUUUCCUCCAUACUCGCUUAGCAAAUGGCAUUAGCCUCUGUUAUGGCACUUACUGCGUGUUGCUUUCUGAGAAUCUCUGCCUCAUCCAUUGCACUCCAAGGUCUUCUUGGGCAGGGCCUUUGCCUUCCAAAACCCUGACACCAGGCACUCUGUCGGAGUAGGAGCUCCAUUGCUGUGUGCACGAUGCUCGGAGUCUCUACUGCGACCCUGGCAGGUUGACCGGGGUGGCCAGCCUCCCCUCUGCAAAGCCUAGCUGCAUUUCACAGCUUCACCCCGUCCCGGCCAGGGCCAGACGCACUGGGUGGUCGAGGUCUUGUGCUCCUGAUGG